AUGGAACACAUAAUUAUAGGAUAUUAUUGUGCUGGUACUCCUUAUUUAUCACCAGAAGCUAUUAAGAAAAUCAUUCAAUCUCAAGAGAUCGUUAAAAAUAUAUGUAGAGAAAUGGCUUAUAAAUAUAGAUUCAGUUCUAUUAGGUUGGAGGCUGGCUUUUCAGCUAAUAAGAUUAGUAUAACUGAUAUUCUGAUAAAAAAAGUAGAUGAAAUAAAUGACUUACAAGCUAGGCAUGCACAAAAUCGCAAAAAACUAAAUACGAGACAAAAAGAGUCUUAG